UUUAAACGCGCGCCCCGAACGCAGGCGUCAAUUACUUAACGCAGUUACACGACACGCGGACGGCGAAAACGUUGUCCCCGCCGAGCCGAAACCAACGCGAAAGUUCAACUUUUCAAAGCGUAAAACGUGCCUGAAUCAAAUAAAGUGCGCUGUGAUUAAAUUCUGUGCGAAUUCUCAACAAAAACACGUUUUUUUUCUCAUAAAUUUCUUAAAAAUUCUAACAAAAUGCUAGUUGUCAAGUUCAUCCACGAGAAAGAAUUAAUAAAAACUUUUAGCUGACGGACACUGUGUGUGUCACUAGUAAAUUAUUAAGUGUGAGUGUCUGUUCUUGUAAUUUCUAACCAGUUUCUUGGAUUUCGGAUAUUUUCAAGCAGUGUGUUUGUGUGCGUUUACGUUCAGUUUAACAAAAGAAUAACGAUUUGCUGCCUGUGAGCUGCCACUUUCGCCGUCCAGCGUCCGUACGGCCCCCGCCCCGCCGCCGCUCAAUCGUAGAAUGGUCGAAGGUGACCGCAGAGAGAAGUCUUCAAGCGAUACAGAUGUAAGUGACUCGCGCGUGCCGAACGGCUGCGGAUCCAAGGACCUGGAGCUGUCGAAGCUGCGCCGCACGCAGCAACCAACCACCACUUGUUUACCGGCGGUUGUACCGCCCCUGAAGACCAGUGCGCUUCCGGAUAAGGCGCAUAAUGGCGGCGGUGGCGGUGGCGGUGGCGGAGGGCAUGAUGCGGAACGUGGUGUUGUACCACCACCAGCGCCCCCUGGAGUCGGCAGUGAUAAAGCCGACUUUGAGGGUGCCAUUGAAGCGACCGGAUACGGCAAGUUUCAUUACUUGCUGUUGGCCGUCUGCGGCUUCGUGAGCACGUCGGAGGAGAUGGACGUCAUUUCGAUGUCGUUCAUCUUGCCGUCGGCGCAAUGCGACUUAAAUCUUAACACGCACACCAAGGGAUGGCUCAAUUCGAUCAUUUUCAUUGGAAUGAUGGUUGGUGCUUACGUGUGGGGCUCUGUGGCUGAUUCCAUCGGCCGGAAGAAGGUCCUCAUCGCGAUUUCGUUCAUGAAUGGCAUCUGUAUUGUCGCGUCGAGUUUCUCACAGACCUACGAACUGUUUAUGUUGUUUCGCUUCCUUAAUGGCGCAGCUUUAGGAGGAAGUGGACCAGUUAUCUGGUCAUAUUUCGCUGAAUUCCAACCGAAAGCAAAACGUGGAUCAAUGUUGUCAUUCAUGGCGGCGUUCUGGACGUUAGGCAACCUUUUUGUCGCCGCAUUAGCAUGGCUGAUCAUUCCUUCCGGUCUAGGGUACCACAGCGAUACAUUCCUGUACAAUUCCUGGCGUAUUUUCCUGUUGAUAUGCGCGGUACCAUCAUUUUUGGUAGCAGUCUUCCUCUUUUUCCUUCCUGAAAGCCCCAAGUUUUUAUUAACCUGUGGUAGGAGUGAAGAAGCAAUGGAGAUCUUCCGUAAAAUCUACCAGAUCAACACCGGAAAUGAUAAGAGUGACUACCCAGUCAAACAUCUUAUCUUAGACGAGACAAUGUGUCCUAAAGAACCUAAGAAACCUUUGAAGGGUAAAUACGUCAACAUGAUGGUGGACAUUUAUGACAACAGCCGGAUGUUAUUCAAAUCACCUUUACUACGGUUUACCUUCAUUUCUAUAACCAUCAACUUCACUUUCCACAUUGGUUACUAUGGAUUAAUGAUGUGGUUCCCUGAGUUAUUCAAUCGUUUCGAUGAGUAUUCCCGCAUGCAUCCAGGGGAAAGCGCGUCUGUUUGUGAAGUUACUGAAUAUGUGGUGGCCAUGGGUACCCAACAACAAGGCGGCGUGUGUAAUGAUAAAAUAGAAAGCGCUGUUUUCAUGGAAUCGUUAAUCACGGUGGCUGCUGCAAUUCCAAGCAAUAUUGUAGCUGUGUUAGGAAUGGAUAGACUUGGGAGGAAGUUCUUUUUGGUCUUCAGUACGUUCACUUCCGGUAUUUGUGCGGCGUCCAUGUAUCUUGUGCGUAACAAAGUGCACAAUCUGAUCGUCUCGGCUGUUUUCAGCAGUGUGAUAUCUUGCGGUAAUGCAGCGUUGGAUUGUCUCAUCACGGAAAUCUUUCCAACAAAUUUAAGAGCUACUGGUGUAGCAAUAUCAAUGGUGGCAGCACGUCUUGGUGGUAUUAUCGGCAAUAUUGUGAUAGCAAUGCUGUUGGACAUGUACUGCCCAGCGCCGACGUUCAUUGUGGCGGCGCUCCUCAUCGGGGGCGGUUUGCUAUGCCUGUUUUUGCCAAACACGACGCGCGCGCCCCUGUCUUGAUCCUCAGAACUCACAUUAGUUAUACGUAUGCGAGGCACACCGCAAUCACGUAUUUUUUUUAGCUAUUUUAAUAAGUUAUGAUUAUAUGUUUUGACUGUGCGACACCGAGCGUGUCAGCUAAUUUUAUCGCGCAUUGAAUUUAUUCAUUUUGAUGAAAUCCUGUUGUUACCGAUUUACCGAACAUAAUUUAUUUCAUAGGUCUUUUAUUGUUAGAAUAUUUAUAAAUACACAAAUUGUAAAAUAGCAUGCGCGAAUAUAAUAAUAUUGUAAUAAUUGAUUUAAUAAAAUACAAAAUAUUUUACAUUACCAACAA